UUUUUAUUAUUUUAUAUUUAUAUUUGUUUCCAGGUCGCUUGUAUCGUCACCCUUGCAGUAAUUUGCGAAGUGUCAACUCAACAUCACCAUAAACCAGCUAUAUCAUCACAGAGCAUUGAAAGACAUGACAUUCCUGCUCCCCCUCCUAAGGAUUUCCUUGAACACCACGGUCCAGCUAAGUACGAGUUCGAGUACAAAGUGCACGACCCUCACACCGGAGACGACAAGUUCCAACACGAGACACGUGAUGGUCAUAACGUAAAGGGAGUGUACAGUCUACAUGAAGCUGAUGGAUCCAUCAGGACAGUACACUACACGGCCGAUAAGAAACAGGGAUUCCAAGCUGACAUCAAACACACAACAAAGCACGUGGAACCCAAACACCACUAAUGAUCUCCUUUUAUUUUAAAAAACAAUAAAGUUUAUCUGCCUAAUUGUUGAUUACAUUCAUAAGUA